GCUGCAGACUGUUCUUUUUUUCUUUUUUUUUAACGAAUGGUUGCGCAAUUUAACGAGUUUGGCCUAAAGGGAGUUUUUCAAGAUGUUUUUUUUAUGAACUAGAAUUCAGAUGUUAACUUUCAAUUAUAACAUCCUACAAUACACUUUUUUUUUAAAUUUAGAAUAUUAUUAUUUUAAUAUCCAUUUAUCAGGGGAUGUGUGCUUUGAAGUGCAUGUGUUAAGCAUUCAGGACUUUUAAGACAACAACAAACAAUUUUUCAGACAAGAAAAUACAAGACAUGAUGCAAACAAAGUAUUUUGUUUGCACAUCUAUCCAUCUAAAGUCUGAGAUCACUUGUUGGGAUGUUUCUAUGGUUUACAAGAUUAAAGCAACACCACAAGAAUUAAAAUACACAAAAAAAACUUGACAGUAAAGCUACAAUAAACUAGCUCAUCCCUGACAAGAUAACCAUUUAAAUCUGGCCUUGAAUCAGCAUCAAGUGUUAAAAGAAAUAAUGUGAAUAUGUGAGGGGAAGACACAAGUGUCUGUGUGAGUACAGACAACUAUUCAGUAUGUUAAAAAAAGAAAUCAGGGGCUCAAUUGAUGACAUUGAUUUAAAACAAAAAUGAAAAAAGGUACAUGUAUUGUUUCCGAGGUGUGCAGAAUGACACAGUGUGUAAGAAAAGGUGAGGCCAAUCAAAUCCUGACAUCCCUACAAGAGCUUUAGUGUUCCUCUCUCCACCCACUUUGUCUCCACCCAUUACACGUCCUCCUGGAGAGAGCAAAAGAGAGAGAGCUUAAUUAUAACCAGACAACUGUAAGAUGGCUUGGAACAGUAUGGCCCUGGACUCUUUUUCUUCAGCUUUUUGCCAGCUUUGACCAACAGAGCCUGGUUUGGAAAGAAGAACACCAAAAUCAUCUUUGAAUAACUGUAUACCUGAACUCCAGCCAAACUUGCAUUGAAAGAAAAAACAAGUUUGACUGCAAAACAGACAUGAGGGUGCAAACUUUCUCAAGAGCGCAAAUUCUCCAAGAGUGUCAAAUACGGUGCCAGGCUCUCGCAGCCAAUGACAACCGAGGCUUCAAACAGGAGUUUGAGGACCUAAAUAAUGUUGGCAAAGACCUCCCAACCAGAGCAGGGGACCUGGAGGCCAACAGAGAGAAGAACAGAUACCCCUACAUAUUACCAUAUGACCACUGUCGAGUGAGGCUGUCUGUUAAAAACUCCUAUCCACACACUGACUACAUCAACGCUAAUUUUGUUCCUGGCGGAGGAUCAGAAAGAGACUUUAUCUGCACCCAGGGUCCUUUGCCCAGCACCAUGGCUGACUUCUGGAGGAUGGUGUGGGAGCAAAACGUCAGAAUAAUUGUCAUGGUGACAUCGUUGAAACACAAGGACACAGUGCUGUGUGAUAAAUAUUGGCCUGUGGAUCGAGGGACAGUUUAUCAUGGAUUGAUCCAAGUGACAACAGUGACCCGUAAACAAGGUCCAGAUUAUUUUAUCACCACCAUUAACCUCAGACAGAGAGACUGUCCAACGGACAGGAUAAUAACACACUACUACUACCCUACCUGGCCAGACCGGGGCGUCCCAAAAGACUCAUCCUCCCUCUGUGUCUUCACUGAGCAUGUGCGGCAGCAUUUGCAAGCCAUUCCACGCUUGGGGCCAGCUGUGGUGCACUGCAGUGCAGGUGUUGGACGUUCAGGGACAUUUGUGACACUGUUGUGGCUGAUGCAGCUCAGCGCGAGGGGCAUCCAGCCUGAUAUCCGAGCUGCUGUGGAAGACCUACGGCUACAUCGAAUGUGGAUGGUCCAGAAUGUGGAGCAGUACAUAUUUGUUCAUCAGUGUCUGCUACACUGGCUCAGUGGAGGAACCUCCGCAAGCCCACAAACUCAGGGAGCCAGUUCAAAUAUUAACCACCCCGGUCAGGAGCGACUCCACAGCUCCUCGGGACGGGGUGAUCGAGCAGGAAGGAGGAGACAUCACCAUCACCGGCAGACGCCCCCGUCAGACCAGCCCCAGAAUACAAUGCAGCAAAUUCUCCAUCCUGGGAACCUACUCAGGAGGUUACUGCCGUCGUCAGUGUUUAAUCCUGGAUCACAUAACUCUUGAAUAUGAAAAUUGUAAAACAUGACAAUGGGUUAAAAAAAAACAAAAAAAACCCUGCUCUCAUACCUGCUCCUGGGAUGGAAGUAAAAGAAAAGCUGCAGAAAAAAAAUGCAGUGUGUGCAGGCCCUGCAGGCAGAAAACUAGCCGGACAACUUGCAAAUCCAAAGACACAGCACUUCAUAUUGUUACCAGAGGGAAAGAUUGAGUAAAGAACCUGCCAGACCUGUUCCUCUGUUGUGAAUCACUUACCCAGAGUUUCGUGGGAACAAUGAAGCCGCCACCUUCACAUAAAGUGAAAUACUGAUUAAGCACACACGUUGGACAGGUCCCUUUAAAUAGAAAACUUUUCCUUUGUUAACUACAAAUAUCCAUGUAUAAAGAUAAGCCAAUGUGUUUGUAUAAAUCACUCUUUGUGGCUUCGUUUGUCUCCACUACCAGUGACGUGAUGUUGUGAGAUGACUUUUAUUCUGCUUCUCUGGAAAAA